AUGCUGGCCGCCGCCUCGUUCCUGCCGCCACCCCUGCGCAUACUUGUGCUGCCCGCUGACGCUGAUGCUGCACACCUGCCCUCUGCCUGCCAGGCCGCCGAGGAGCUCGACGGCAGCGGCGCCACGUUUCAGCACAACCGCUGGUCCCGCAGCCCCUCCAACCCCAAUGCUGGCUACGGCAUCACAUCAGUUCUGGAGGGCGGCUCGGUGCUGGAGAAGGCGGCAGCCAACAUCUCUGUUGUGGCGGGGGUGCUGACCCCUGAGCGAGCCAAAGCCAUGAGCAGGCGCGGCCGCGCUGCCAUCGAUCCCGCCAGCGGACAGAGCUACUCGGCCGCGGCCAUGAGCCUGGUGUUCCACAGCGCACACCCCUUCAUCCCCACCCUGCGAGCUGACGUGCGGCUGUUUGAGGUGGAAGGUCAGAUGUGGUACGGCGGCGGCUGCGACCUCACACCCUUCUACCUGGUGGAGCAGGAUGCGGCAGAAUUCCACGCUUACUGGAAGCAGCUGUGCGACGCGCACAGCCCGCAGGCGCUGCACUGCACCCCCAUGCGUACCGCACGCCUGAAUCUGUACCCCGAGUUCAAGGCCUGGUGCGACCGCUACUUCUACCUGCCCGCCCGCAAGGAGCACCGCGGCCUGGGCGGCCUGUUUUUUGACGACGUCGAUGCAUCAGAGGCGGGGUACGAUGUGGCGCGGUUUGUGAGGGACGUGGGGGACGGCAUCCUGCCUAGCUGGGCGCCCAUCGUGGAGCGCCGCCGCGGCCAGCCCUUCAGCGAGGCGCAGCGGCAGUGGCAGCUGCUCCGGCGGGGGCGAUACUUGGAAUUUAACCUGCUCUAUGAUCGGGGGGUCAAGUUUGGGCUGGAUGGCGGCAGGGUGGAAAGCAUCAUGGUGUCUGCGCCGCCGCUCAUCGCCUGGCGCUACAACGUGCAGCCAGAGGUGGGGUCGGAGGAGGAGCGGGUGGUGGAGCUCAUCCUCACGGACGACCAGGAUGGAAUGAUAGGGACGGACUGGUACAUGCCCAAACUGCACAAGCUCCUGGGAACAGAAGGAAUAAACGUGACAAGUUACAUCAGCAAUUAUGCGCUCUGCUGCCCCUCGCGUGCCACCAUUCUGAUGGGCCAGUGCUCUCACAACACGGGCGUGGUGGGAUUGGGUAAGCAGGGUUGCGUGCUCCGUGAUCAUUCGUGCAUGCCGCACGUCGGCGGGCGGCUGGCGCUUCAUGCAGGCUCGGCCAGGACCCCGCCUGGCUCCAGCAAGUCCACUGCCUCCACCAACCCGCUGGGCGGCUUUGGGCGCUUCCAGGAGAUGGGGCUGGAGAACAAGACGGCGCCCUACUACCUGCACCAGGCCGGCUACCGCACCGGCAUGAUUGGCAAGUACCUCACAGGCUACAACUCCACCUUCAUUCCCCACGUGCCGCCGGGGUGGGACCGGUGGUUUGUGUUCAGCGACAACGAAUUUUACAAUUACACUGUGUCGGAUCAGGGCAAGAGCAAGUCGUUUGCCAAUGCAGAGGAUGAUUACAGCACAGACGUCGUGACUGCGCACGGUGUAGAGUUUAUCCAGCAGGUCAAGGAUGACUCUCGUCCUUUCUUCCUCUACCUGGCCCCCUACGCCUGCCACUACCCCCACAUCCCCGCCAACCGCCACCUGAACAAGCUGAAAGGCUUGAAGAUACCCCGUGUGCCUGCCUACAACGAGAGCCAGCAGCACCUGAGGAAGAAGGUCAGCUUCAUCAAUUCGCUGCCGCCCAUAGACGAGGAGAUGGCUGCAGGGCUGGACUUCAAGUACCAGGCCCGCGCCGAAACGCUGCUGGCAGUUGAUGACAUGAUUGAAGCGGUGUUCCUGGCGCUGGAGGAGGUGGGCGAGCUGGACAACACGUACGUGUUCUUCACAAGCGACAACGGUUAUAAGCUCGGCCACCACCGGCUGUCUGGCAAGAUGAGCGGGUACGAGACAGACGUCAAGCUGCCCUUUUAUGUGCGGGGCCCGGGGGUGCCACGGGGCGUGCAGCUGCCCCACAUGGUCUCAAAUAUUGACUUCGCCCCUACCUGGCUGGAGCUAGCGGGUGUUGAGGAUCCGCUGGCUGGGGAGCGGGACGGCAUCUCUAUGGUACCGCUGCUUCGGGGGGACAAGAACGUGACGGCGGAUCCCAUGCUCUACCGUGUGGGUGUGGUGGUGGAGAAGCCCGUGCCCAACGGCAUGCUAGACAGCAUGGUGUCCAUCCUGACGCCAGUGGCCGACCCUGACAACGACAUCUUCGCACAGUACCGCCCUCCGCGCCUGCCCAACGGCAGCUGGCCGCUGAAUGUGCUGGCGAAUGAGUACCAGGGCAGCUGGUACAACAAUUGGACGACAGCGAGGCUGGACAAGGCGGAGCUGACAGGGCGCAACCUGAGCAGCUACACAUAUGAGGGCUGGAAGCGGGCAAGUGCCACACAAGUGCCCAUUUGCUGA